GGUUCGAGUCAUCUCGACUGCACGUACUUUGAAUCUAUAAAAAAAAAACUAAUAAUAGCAUAUGAUAAUUUUUUUAUAUAGUAUUUUUUUACGCAACAUAUAGAGGAGAAAAGUAUCUAUUUUCAACUAUAGUGCUAUCAUAUUUAUUUAUUUAUUUAUUUUCGAAUUCUCCAUUCAUAUAAAUAUUGCUUUAACCUGAAUUCCAACACUCAAAUCUGAUCAUAAUCAGAGCUAAGAAUCAGUGCGACGUAGAAAUUACGCGGGAAAAGAAAAGAUGCAGAUCUUCGUCAAAACCCUUACCCGAGAAUCUGGAAAUUCAACAAUCACGCUUGAGGUUGAGAGCUGCGACAGCAUCGACCAUGUCAAGGCCGAGAUUCAGGAUAGAGAAGGUAUCCCGCCUGACCAGCAGAGGCUCAUAUUUGCGGGUAAACAAUUGGAAGAUGGUGGAACUUUGGCAGAUUACAAUGUCCAGAAAGAAUUGACUCUUUACCUUCUUUUGAGGCUCAGUGGAGGAACGAUGAUCAAGGUCAAAACCCUUACCGGAAAAGAAAUUGAGAUUGAUAUCGAACCUACUGAUACCAUUGACCGGAUUAAGGAACGAGUGGAGGAGAAAGAAGGAAUUCCUCCAGUGCAGCAAAGGUUGAUCUACGCGGGGAAACAGCUUGGAGACGACAAAACUGCGAAGGACUACAACAUCGAGGGUGGCUCUGUUCUUCACCUUGUUCUUGCAUUGAGGGGUGGUAGCCACUGACGGUUCGAUUUCACGUGCCAACAGAGACGACACCUAAAUCGCGACACCACCUUGAACUAUUGAAGCACUUAUGUUUUUCUGGGUAUUCCUAAGAUAUCCUGAUAACUUGUGUCGUGGUUGUGGGAUGAUCCACUAAUUGCAAUUUUAAGGGUAUUUUGUUGUAGUAUUUGCUACUCCCCACUCUUCUUAAUUUCACUAAUUGCCACGUGAGCUGAUUGGUGUAACUUUAUAUAUCAAUCGAAAAAUCAUAUGAUCUCUGCAUG